AUGGUUGGUGUAACACUCACGGGGUCUUUUGGUAGAAUGCUAGUAGAUGCGGCGAAAGCGUACAAUAAUCGUAUCGGGACAAUCAGCAUCCCGCUUGUAGGCAAUGAAGGAAAAACAGGUCUGGGUGCGACUCCAACUCCAGAGCCACUGGGAACCCUCGGACCUGCAACUAUGAGACUCGCGGCAAAAACAAAAAUGCUGCAACCGCCUGCCAAAGCAUUCCAAAAUGAGCCUGAAGAUGAAUUCGAAUAA